GCUUUAAAAGCCGAAACGUUUCUCUGCAGACGCUUUAAACUCAACAUCACUUCUGUUCUCUCUGCCUUUCAACUGUCUAGUCAAAGUAAAACAGAAAGUAUGGGGAAAAUUAACGGAUGCCUGAAAGUUUUGUUCAUCAUCUUCAAUUCUUUGUUUACAUGUUUUGGGGCCUUGAUGAUGUACGGUUUAGGACGCAUCGCGGCCAACGGAUACCAGAUGGGAGGAACGGGCAGCCUGAACAUGAUCACAGGUUGGAUUUUUGCCGUUGGCGUUGUUGGAAUCUCCUUGCUUGGGAGCCACGGAGCGCGCACUGAGAAUAAAUGCUGCCUCACGGCUUUUGCAGUUUUCAUGGGGAUCGGAUUGGUUCUCAUGCUAAUCUUUGGAGUCGCUGCCAUUGUUUUAAAAAAACAGUAUUGCCGUGAAGCUGAGGGGAAAUGUGAAGCCGAGUUUCUCUUCAACAUUAGCAUUGGGGUCAAUUUUGGAUUUGCUUUCGUUGCUAUGAUGGGUUUGAUCAUUUCCACUAACAUGAUUAAUCAGAUCAGUCGUCACGACAACGCCGCAGUGCCAGCUAUUGCAAUGAGGACUUAUUGACCAAUCAAGAACCUCCGAGUCUUGAUGGGUUUUAUGGAAUGAUGGAAGAAUAUUGUUCAGGUUUUCAUGCUAUUUGUUUUGCCUUUGCAUUGGUAAAAAUGUUGCCACAUAAAAAUGUUUUGCUAAAACUGAUCCCACAUUUUCUCAUGUUGUUACCGUAAAUGUUGUGUUUUAUUCUGAUUGUUUGUGAUCAGUUUUCAACGUUUCACACAAGCUUCAUGUUCCCACAGCUGCUCUCAGUUUUCCUUCCCUUUUUCUCCUACAUUUUGAUUUUGAUUUUGGGUUUAGAUGAAACUUUAAAACUCACCACAGGUUGAGGCUGCAAACAUUUAACACAUCCUGUCAAAAACAGUUACAUAAAGUUUUCUAAUAAAACAAACCUCCACCUACUUACUUAAUGUCUUUUUUUUCUUUUAAUCUACUUUACUAAAUUUGUAACAAAAUCUAUAAAUUAAAUUACUAUGGGCAUUUGUCCAUAGUUUUCUUUCUAUUUUGUUCCUUUGUGUUUCUGGUCUUUAUUAUUGCC